GUCAAAACUCCGCUAGUGCUAACCAUGGUGGUGACUCUGCGCAAAAAGUAAAGUGAAGCCAAUAUUUUUUUUUUUUUUUACUUUUUACUUUUUUCUUUUUCUUACAUUUUAUCUUUAUCAUAGCCACUUUCUUAUUAUUGUCAAGAUGAUACUCAAGAUAUACUUAUCAUCUCUUUCGUUCAUCAAUUCGGUACCAAUCAAAAGCUGGCUUUUGAUUUGUCAACAGAAGGCAACCGGUGCAAAGGAUUGAUUCAAGGAACACAAUUGUUGAACUGUCCACAAAUGGAAAAAGAGAUUCAAACUUGUCAAAAAAAGGGUAAAAAGGUCUUACUUUCUUUGGGAGGUGCUAGUGGCUCUUAUGGUCUAAAUUCUGGAAAAGAUGGAAAAAUGUGGGCUGAUCAAUUAUGGAACACCUUUGGCAACGGUCAAGUUGGGAAUAAGAGACCAUUUGGAAAAGCUGUAGUGGAUGGAUUUGAUUUGGAUAUAGAAGCUGGUAGUGUGGAAGGUUAUUCAACUUUUGUUAAAACCAUGCGACAACAUUAUCUUAAAGACAAAUCGAAAACCUAUUAUAUUUCUGGUGCUCCUCAAUGCCCAUAUCCAGAUGCAUGGUUAGGCGAUGCUUUGAAUCAAGAAUGGUUUGAUUUUGUAUGGAUUCAAUUUUAUAAUAAUUAUUGUAGCGUGAAAGGUGGUCAAUUCAAUUACGAUACAUGGGAAAAUUGGGCCAAGAAGAAAUCAAAAAACAAGAAUGUACAAUUGUUCCUGGGAAUUCCUGCAAGUGCCUCUGCCGCUGGUUCCGGUUACGUACCUCUUAGUGAUUUGGUGAAAACUAUUUCUAAACUUAAAUCUUCUCCUCAUUUUGGUGGUGUCAUGAUGUGGGAUGUGUCUCAAGCUUAUGCCCAAAAGGUCAACUUUGCAAAAGCCGUGGCGAAACUAGUACAUAAAAUUAAGAACAAUGGUGGCGAUGAUCAAGAUGAUAAGCCUAUAACAACAGAAACUGCAGCAAUAAACAUACCUACUUCUUCUUUGGCCAGAAUCAACUCUCCUACAGGAACAUUGACAACAAAAUCGAAACCUUCCAACAAAAAUAGCAAUAACAGGAAUCAUCAUCAACACAGAACAUCGACUUUAUUAUCCGCUCCUUCCAAUACUCCUGAAUCAAGGUAAAGUACAUACAACUUGUAUCUAUAUUAUAACUGAUCUUCUCUCUUUCUCUCUCUAUAGUGGAAAACAUGGAAAGACUCCACAUAGCGGAACAUCAUGCAGUACAACGGAUACAUUCAAGUGUAUUAACGAUAGGUUUGCUCAAUGUGACCAAGGAAAAUGGCUAGUACGUCCUUGUGGUGGUGCUAUGAAGUGUAAACAAGCGUCUUCUGGUUUAGUUUACUGUGGAUGAAUGGUUUAGUUAGUUAGUUUUGAAAUUGAAAUAAAGUUAUGUUUUGUACUCUGCUUUAAGCUGGAUGAAUGGACGGAUAAUAUGUGCAAGGAUGCUAAUAGAAAAAAAAAACAGGAAUAA